AUGGUGGUGUUUCGCGUCCAGCGUGGCGCGUAUUGCGUGUUCGUCUACCAAGCGCCGAGUACUACGAGCAACGAGGCGCUGAUUUGCUCGUUGUGCAGCGUGUAUAACCUGCGCGUGCGACUGUCGGCGCUUGUGGAGGUACUGGAAUCCGGUCCGGUGGAUUGCAAGGCGGACAAGGACGGGCUUUGGCGUGUGGUCGUGGACGCCAAGAUGGCUCUGGAGAGCGACGCGAACGUCGCGCAACGGACUUGCAGUACCGAGAGCGAGUUCCGGGAGAAGCUGCAGAAUGUUCGCCAGGCUGUGGCACGGGUGUGUCCUACAGACCUGCCGUCGCUGGGCUUGGUGCAGUUGCUGCUGGAUGAAGAGCGCAGUGAGGAAUCGCUGGCUGAGCCGCCGACUGCGCUUGACGUGCUGUCGAGCGAUACGGCGGAGCUCUGGUGGGCUGGCAAGCAGUUCACGCGCGGUAAGAACGUGCGUGACGUCGUUGGCAAGAACGACAAGUCGACGCUAAUUGUCACGUUACAGAAGCAAGGGGACGGCGUGCCGCGUCGCCCGGCUGUCGUACGUGGGAUCGAGCGUGAUGCAGUGACGGAGUUUUGCAGUCAAGAGAAGCAGGAACGACAGCAGCAGCAGCAGGUGGUGAGAGAUGAUGCGGAGGAUUAUUACAAGAUCUCGCCGUGGGCAGAUCCCUCGAUGCUCAAGAACGCGCUUCGCGGUACAGACACUAUUCGACCGUUUUGA